CUACUUGGAUGGCGAGAGUUGGAAAUAAACUGCAAGUUGUAGUCCUCUAUCACCAUUUCCUGGGGAUACAAAACCUUCGGAUCUAAUGUGUGUGUGUUCUAUAUAUAGGAUAUCUACAAGAGUCUAAAACAUUGGGGGUUCUGUCUGUGAAACUGGCCCAGAGGUUGGAGCAGUGCUGAAUGUGCAAAUAUUACAUAUCAAUGUGAAACUGAGCAACACGUGUUACCAGAAUUGACAAGGAUGUGACAGGGAGAAUGUUGUGACAUUUAGAAAUCGUCCCUGACCAAUAUCGGGAACAGUACCAAACACCACGUGAAUAGGAAUAAAAAUUAUUACAUGGAGAAAAACUGACUCUUUGAAUAAAUUUCAUUCAGACAGUUGAUAUUUCAUUGUGGGAACCGAAGUUGUAGUACUGGGAUAUUUUUCAAAAGAACUUCAACACUGGAUGUUUGGGACUUAGUAUUACUACAGAUUUGAAAUUCAUGACUACAAGAGACUAUUAUGGGAUGUACAAAGAGUCAACCUGUCGAUGGUGAAACGUCAUCACGUGGCCGCACGACUGUGGAUCGUACUUCGUACGGUAGCAGUCAUGUGGGUGUACGAAAAAAACUCACUCGAGAUACAACUCUGAUAUCUGUGGAAGGCUGGAAAAUCAUAGAACCUGACCCAAAGGAGGAGGUUCUGGGAGUGGAGAGCAUUGACUUCAACAUUGCCGAGAAUACUGUUGCCCACCACACAUCUGAAUAUGACAUCACUGACCCAGAAGAGACGGAGGAGCCUAAACUGGUUGUUAGGCGUGGACAACCGUUUGACAUCUCCAUCACUUUCAACAGACCAUACGACAAGAAGAAGGAUGACCUGAAGCUUGUCUUCCAAGCAGGAGGAAACCCUACUCCCAGCAAGGGAACCCAUGUAGAGUUGAUCCUGUCGGACAAGGAUGAGCCCAAGCAGUGGGGGGCCAAGAUCAAGAAGCAGAGUGACCAGGUUCUCACCGUGACUGUGUUCACCCCUCCCACAUGCUAUGUGGCCAAGUGGAACUUCAAACUGGACGUCAUCAAGAAGAAGGAUGACAAGAAAAUCAUAUUUCGCUACAAUCACAAAGAUCAGAUCUACAUCCUCUUCAACCCAUGGUGCCGAGAUGACAUGGUUUUCUUGGAAGGACAACAGGAGAAGGAAGAGUAUGUGCUCAACGAAACUGGAAGGAUUUAUUGUGGCACCUCGAAGAAUAUCUCUAGCAAACCCUGGAUGUUUGGUCAGUUCCAAGGAAAGGUCCUUGACUGUUGCAUGUACAUCCUGGAUGAAGCAGGGAUGAGUUGGGGUGUUCGGGGAAACCCCAUCCCCAUCGUCAGGAAGAUCACCGCUGCUGUUAAUGCCCCGGAUGAUUAUGGUGUCUUGGUUGGCAACUGGUCCGGUGACUAUUCUGAUGGGACGUCCCCUCUUUCGUGGACAGGCAGUGUGAAGAUAUUGGAGCAGUACUACGACACAAAGGAAUCAGUCACGUAUGGACAGUGUUGGGUGUUCUCUGGAGUCACCACCACAGUUUGCCGUGCUCUGGGUAUCCCUGCUCGGAGCGUCACAAACUUUGCGUCAGCCCAUGACACGGACGGCUCAAUAACAAUCGACUACCAUUUUGAUGAGGGGGGCGACGCAGCUGAUGACAUGAACUCGGACUCAGUUUGGAAUUUCCACGUGUGGAAUGAGUCAUGGAUGUCACGGCCUGAUCUGCCAACUGGAUACGGAGGCUGGCAGGCAGUGGAUGCCACACCACAAGAGACAAGUGAUGGUGUCUAUUGCUGUGGUCCUGCACCUGUGCUUGCUAUUAAACGAGGUGAGGUCAACCUUCCAUAUGAUGGCCAGUUCAUCUUUGCUGAAGUGAAUGCUGAUAAGGUGUACUGGUCCAUCAAGCCAGAUGGCACUUUUGAGAAAGUCUACAUUGAAAAGAAAGGAGUUGGAAAGGAGAUCAGCACGAAGAAUAUGGUGGAUAGCAGCAGAGAAGUCGUCACAGGCGCUUACAAAUUUAUUGAAGGCUCCAACGAGGAGCGAGUGGCAGUACUGACGGCAAACCAAUUUGGAUCCUGCCGUCCGGACGUCUAUGAAAAAGGAACUGAGGAUGUGCAAUUUGACCUUGAUCACAGUGAGGACGUAUUUGUUGGUCAAGACUUUGAUGUGAUCCUUCGAGUGAAGAAUAUCAGCACUUCAGAGAGAACUCUUAAGACAUUUUUGGCUGCACGUACGAUGUAUUACACUGGUGUGUCUGCAGACCGUGUCAAAUCUCAGAAAUUUGAUACAGUGCUCAAACCACAGGCCAGUACAGAGAUAAAGAUGACUGUUAAAGCUGAGGACUAUCAAGGCAGCCUGAAGGACAUGUGCAUGCUGCAACUUACUUGUAUGUCACGUGUGACUGAGACAUUGCAGGCCUUCACCAACAUGUGCGACUUUAGACUUCGUAAACCUCACUUACAAAUCAAGGCCCCUAAAGCGGGACAGGUUGGGAAGAAGAUGGCUUUUGAGGUGUCCUUUACCAACCCCUUGGCAGAGACUCUGACAGGAUGUGCAAUCCAGGUUGAAGGCCCCGGCCUUCAGAACGCCUCUCAAAAUCAAACAAGAUCCUGUUGGUCCAAAGCAGACGUUUAUGACAACAGUGGAUCUGACUCCAAAAAAGAAAGGCAAACGAGAGAUUGUGAUCAUCUUCAGCUCGAAACAGUUGGAGGAUAUUAAUGGUUCAUAUGUGAUCAAUGUCAAACCAAAGUAACUGGCCUGUGUGUGCCUUCAGUUUGUGCCUUCUGUGCACGCCUUUAGUGUGUGCCUUCUGUGCAUACCUUCAAUGUGUGCCUUCAGUGCAUGCUUUCAAUGCGUGCCUUCUAUUAAUGUCUUCCAGUUUGGUUGUUUUUUUGUCAAGAAAUGUCUGAUAUUAAAAAGCUCUGAGACAAAGAUUUCACAACUGAUACCAAAUACAGUCUAUUGGGUGUCAUUAAUAAGUAUUUAACUUACAUACAGGUUUAUAUGUGAUGACAUUACAGCUGUACAAUGCACCAGAUAUUUACAGUGGUUGCCGUCAAAUAUUUACUACAUUAAGUAUUAUGCACAAAAGAGUUUUGAGAACAUUCAAAACCUAUCAUAUUAUACCAUCCAUUAAACAAAAUGGGGCCUUCUUCCACUUUGUAAUACACACAUAAUCUACACUCGCUUAUAAGCAAUAUUUUGAUCAAGAUGUCUGCACCUUGUUAAAAUACAGUAUUCAUCACUUCUUGUCAACUGUUUGUCAAUAAAAUGUUCUUUUUUUUACAUUUUUAAAAAAUACCACUUAUCAGUUCUUGUCAGUUGUAUGACGGCAAGGUGUUUUCACCUUCCCAAAAACUAAUAUAAUUUAAUUUGUGUCAAUUGUUUUUAAAAAUGUUUUUACAUUAUGUAAACGAAAGAUUCUUGAUUCUUGUCAUUUGUAUGUCAACCGAGUGUUUUCACCUUGUCUAAGAUGAAGUUUUUCAAUUUUUGUUAAUUGUUUGUCAACCACGUGUUUUCAUCAUGUCAGAAGAUAAUAUUUAUCAGUUAUUGUCAGUUUUUGUUGACAAAUUUGUUCACAAGCUGUUGCCACUUUGUCCUUUGGAAUGCAGACAUUUUAUAGAAAUGCCUUGCUUUGCUGUUAUCUGCUUGAAUGUUAGAAAUGUUCAUACAUUUGUGUGCUUUGACUGUAUCAUUUGUUGAAGUUCCAUGUCACUAGCGGUCACCUUUAUGAAAAGUAAAUUUCAGAAGGUACUAGUAUUUACUGUGGAGGACACUAUAACUUGUGUUUCCACCAUCAAGUAAUUCCUGCCUGCACCAGGAAGUCUUCCAAUGGAGUAAACUGAUGUUUGAAGUUCACCUACCACCCUUGUCUUUCAAGACUGGUAGUUCAUCAUAUUUUGACUAGACUAACAAGUCUAUGCAUAAUCCAGUCAAAAUCAUGGAACAAAUUCAACAUCUGAUUUGUAAACUGCCCUGAAAAUUCAAGUUGAUUGAAUGAUUUAACAAUUGUAUACAAUUAUCUGGUGUCAGCAGAUAUCUUCCAAAUCUUUUCAUGUUUUUAAUCAAGUUGAUGCACUUUGCAAGAUUAGACCAAUUUCAUUACAAUAUAUAUUUUGUUUAGUGGAGAUUGUCUUGAAUGCAUGCAGCCAUUUUGUUUGAGUCUAUGCAUGUGAUGUGAUAAGUGGAAUCUGAUUGGACAAUAGAGGGGAGAUCAAAGGGACAUAACUCAAUAUAUAUGCUGGAACUACAAUCCAUCCUGUCAAGUUUGGCAAGGUUGGAAACCGAACUGUAGUCAACUCCCUUUCCUUGGGAAGAAGUCAUCUGAUAAGUUGGUUAUCUGUUUAGGGAUACAGAGUUGGAAAAGCUGCUGUUGCACUUGGAUAAUAUGGUCUGAUAUUGUGUUGGAAGAAGAUGAUCAAUAAUAGUUCAAAUUGGGAACAUUUACCUCAGUGAGUUAGGUUGUUGAAAUGUACUUUCAUCCUAUAGCAUACACAAAAACAUGAGGUAUUUACAUUACGUUAUUUCAACAACAAAACUUUUAGGCGAGAGCUUAUAGUGCAAUAUAAUUGUCUGUAGCAUAUCUUAUAUUUCUAACAUAAUAUAGUUGGUUAUUAUUAAUAACAUGGAUGGUGUAGUAUUUUGUAGAAGAGGAUGGAUUUAGAUUCUCCUAUUCAUUUACAUUAUGAUUCACAGAUUUAUAUUUUAGACACAGUGAUUAGUUUCUCUUAUUAAUCCACUUUAUUUGGCUUCCCUAUGUUCUCUGUCCAUGUUGUUUCAAUAUUAUCCUUCUGUUACCAGUUGACCUAAUCAUGUUAACCCUUCUUGUGUAUAAGUAUUGUUAAUGUUAAUCCCUUGUCUGCUAUAUAUAAUUCUGUAUGGUGUUCAUUUUCCAGUCAAAUAGUCUAUACCUAACUGUCACUAUUACAGUACUAAAUACAGAAGUUGUUAUCCACAAGUUUUGGUCCGUCUUGACAUCUGUCUACAUCUAGGAAACACCUGUCAAAUAAGUUGUUUCCCUUGUAUGAAAUAUGUUUCCUUUAUGAAUACGUCAUAAUACAUUUGUGGGGUGUGUAUCAUUGCAGUGUAGUGCAAUAAACUAUCUUUCUUCGU